AUGAUAUGACAGCUGGUAGACUGACGUGACAUCGGUUCGUGCAUUUAAAGUUUUUUUUUUAUAAAUAAAUGAUAAAUGCAAUAAUAUUCUCUUGGUAAUUACCAAGUAUAUAUUUCACUGAAAAUGGCCAGCUGUGGUGAAUACAUCAAAAGUCAAUUCCCGUUAAUAGAUGAAGAAUUGAAGAAAUAUGUCGAAGAUAUCCUGGACAACAGUGCCGGGGAGUUUGAAGAUACAGAGGAGGUGUACGAAGCCGUCGGAGAAGUUUUACAAGGGAUUUCCGAGAAAUCUGAAGAUGAUAUUAGAGAAAUAUGUGAAAAACUCCUUCACAUGAUGCAACCGGACAAGACAAACGCAAGCAAUGGCCCACGGAAAGUGUUGGACGCGCCCAUACACCUUGCCUCUAUGACGUCACAACAAGAGCCCACAGAGGACCUUAAGAGUAUAUGGCUUCAAACUAGGGAUGAUAAUUUGAAAGUAGAUGCUAAAAAGUUAGAAAAAGCCGAGGCCAAGUUACAGCAAAAGAAAGAAAAGCAGAAAGAGGGUAAAGCGCCGGUGGCCGCGCCUGUGCUGCAGACGGCCACCGCCUCGCAGGUCACAUCCAAGAAGGACAGCAAACUUGAGGCCAAGGGCAACAACCGGACACAGGAUAUUAGGAUAGAGAACUUUGAUAUUGCUUAUGGUGACAGAGUAUUAUUACAAGGCGCAGAUCUCAUACUAGCAUUCGGCCGGCGCUACGGCCUGGUCGGGCGGAACGGUCUCGGCAAGACCACAGUGCUCCGAAUGAUCUCAUCUAAACAGCUAAAGAUACCGUCACAUAUUUCCAUACUCCAUGUCGAGCAGGAGGUGGUCGGGGAUGACACUGUGGCGCUCCAGAGCGUGCUGGAGUGUGAUACUGUGAGGGACAGGCUGCUGCGGAGAGAGAGGGAGAUUACAGCGGCGAUUAAUAGCGGAUCAACAGACCCAGCGCUAUCAGCAGAGUUGACAGAAAUCUACGCUCAACUAGAAGCGAUCGAAGCAGACAAGGCGCCCGCUCGGGCGUCUAUCAUCCUUAGCGGUCUGGGCUUCACGCCGGAGAUGCAAGCUCGUGCUACGAAAACUUUCUCUGGAGGAUGGAGGAUGAGGCUGGCCUUGGCCCGAGCGCUGUUCUCAAAACCCGACCUGCUACUGCUCGACGAGCCCACCAACAUGUUGGACAUUAAAGCCAUCAUCUGGCUCGAGAACUACCUUCAAAACUGGCCCACGACGCUCCUGGUGGUCUCCCACGACAGAAACUUCCUCGACACGGUGCCUACAGACAUCUUACACUUGCACACGCAGAGGAUAGACUCUUACAGAGGAAAUUAUGAGCAGUUCUACAAAACGAAGACAGAGAAACACAAGAACCAGCAACGUGAAUGGGAGGCGCAACAGCAACACCGGGCUCACACGCAGGAGUUCAUUGACCGCUUCCGCUACAACGCCAACCGCGCCUCCUCCGUGCAGAGCAAGAUCAAGAUGUUGGACAAACUACCGGAGCUAAAGCCAGUAGAGAAGGAGAUAGAUGUGGUGCUCCGGUUUCCAGAGACGGAGCCCCUCUCUCCGCCCAUUCUGCAGUUGAACGAAGUCGGCUUCUACUACUCGAAGGACAAGGUCAUCUUUACCAACGUCAACCUUGGCGCUACCCUGGAGUCUAGGAUAUGUAUUGUGGGUGACAACGGCGCAGGCAAGACGACGUUACUAAAGAUAAUAAUGGGCAUACUGUCCCCCACGAGUGGAGCCCGCAACGUGCACCGCGGCCUCAAGUUCGGCUACUUCUCGCAGCACCACGUCGACCAGCUCGAGAUGAACGUCAACUCGGUCGAACUACUCCAGAAGAGUUACCCAGGCAAAACGAUAGAAGAAUACAGACGGCAACUAGGCAGUUUCGGCGUGAGCGGCGACCUCGCGUUACAAACCAUAGGCAGUCUCUCCGGAGGACAGAAGUCUCGAGUGGCCUUCGCCAUCAUGUGCAUGGGCAACCCCAACUUCCUGGUUCUCGACGAGCCGACGAAUCACUUGGAUAUUGAGACUAUUGAGGCGCUGGGCAAGGGCAUCAACAAGUAUACCGGCGGCGUGAUCCUAGUAUCCCACGACGAGCGGCUAAUACGAGUGGUCUGCAAGGAGCUUUGGAUCUGCGGCAACGGCUCCGUGACCAGCAUAGAGGGCGGCUUCGACGAGUACCGCAAGAUCGUCGAGAGGGAGCUCGCAGAGCAGAACAAAUAGCAGAAUGACCCGACCGAUGCAGGCCACUUCAGCAGUUGACAGCGACUGGUCACACAUUAAGGGCCAAUUGCACCAACCAUAGGGGUUAUUCCCACUAGUUACCACCAAGGGCCCAUUUAUCGAACGAUAUUAGUCCAAUAUUAUUGGUGUGUUGUCAUGGCAACCCAUACGAUUUGACAGUUCGUGGACUAAUAAUAUUAGUCUAAUAUCGUUCGAGAAAUGGGUCCCAGGAAGUUAUAUAUCGCUGGUAAUAACUCGGUGGUAACUAGUGGGAAUAUCACCACAGUUAACAGACUGGUCAACGUCACGCAGCAGACAACCAUGAAACUUCCCAUACAAUAAAAUUUUGCGAACGCUUUAACGGUGACGGACGGUUAGGUGCAACCGACCCUAAGUCUGAAGGUGCUGAAACUUGAGCAUUCAUUUGUAAUGAGCAUUCUCGUGAACAAAAAAAUGCUUAAAGACUACGAAAAUUGGAUGUUCUGCUAGAGUGAUUGUUCGUGGUAUUCCACCUGUCCAAUUUCUUGUUCCAUGUGUAUUUGCGUCUCACAUUUUGCUUGAGAGUGAGACGCAAUGCACAUUGGACCAAGAAAUUACACAGGUUGUAUACCACCCUAAGGGUUGAAAACACCUCGUAUAUUCAAGUAGCGGAGUUUCCAUAGAGUUGGAAAUGUUCUCACAAUCUGGGAAACUUCCUUAGUAUUAUAAAAAUUUCCAGAUUUGAGAAACUUUUUAAAAAUUUACCUUAACUUGCACCUGACUAUACGUACGAUUCGUCGGACUAAGCGCACGAACUGUACUCGUCAUCUGACAAUGGAUGUUUGGUAUAACUUUUAUUUACCUAAGUCUAAAUGGAAAAAAAAUAUUCUACGAGACUCCAAUUAUCCACGACUAUUGCCACCUGACUUUCCCCAUUUGAUAAGUCUAGAAGGUUUACAAACUGAGAGGACAACAGUAUCAUCAUUAUUAUUUUCAAUGACUUAUCAGUUUGCUCUCUACUUACAUAGUGACUAGUGCUUUAGCUUUGAAAAUAUUAGUUACUGACCAAUUACUUGAUGACAAUGCAUGAGAAAAUCAGGUAUCAAUUGUCAUAUUGUUCAAGUAGGACUUUGGUUUACACCGUAUCGCCUGUUUGUAACAUAAAGCAAUAUGUUACAUUAGGAUUAGGGUAAAUAGUUUUAUAUCAAACAUCGUGCAUUGCUACCAAUGUGGCGUUCGAAGCAAGAUACUUGACGUUUGUGGCGUUCAUCAAUGCUACCUAGUGACUGUAUAAAAAUGCAUAAAUUAUAUUAUUGUAAUAUACUUGUAGCGUUUUAUUAUUUAUUACGCUUUUAUGUUACAUAUAUUUAUAUUGCAGUAAGGACCGAAAUGAAAUGCUGAUUAUAUUAUUAA